AACUGUCACUUGUGCAAAACGCAAAACAAAAAUAAUCAAGAGUCAUUACAUAGUUCAAGCAGAACUGAGAAAAUUUUCCCCAACAUCUUCUAUUCCUGAUAAGGGUUCUAGUGGUUCCUUAAAAUGGUUCUCGGGGAUGUCGAAAGAUGUCCCGCUUGAAAAUAUGAACUAAGAAGUUAAAAAUCGAACCAUCGAGUUAGGGGUAUUGACGAAUCAAAAUUUUUGUUUGUUGUGCUCGUUCGUACAAGUGGAAGAAGAAAUCGAAACCCUUACAGUGUUUUGAGAGUGGAACACCUUAAGAAGAAACCUUAUUAAAUAAAUUUGCCAAUCCCAUAACCAAAUUACCUUCGCCGGGGGUGACAUUGACGCUAAUUGGUUGAGGAGAACCCGAAGAGAGGGCGAAGAGCGAUGGCAUCGACGAUGCAGUUGGAGUUUGCCCAGGCUAUGGCUGAUUUUAAAAAUAUGUUCCCGGAUAUGGAUAGGGAUGUGAUAGAGGCGGUGCUGCGCGCCAAUCAGGGUGCAGUCGAUGCAACAAUAGACCAGCUACUGGCCAUGAGCACCGAUAAUCAGAAUGAGAAACUCCGUCAGGAGUUGGAUGACGAUACCGGAAGGACACCCGCGCCAAACGAUACAUUAAUUCUUCCUCAUGGAAAGGUGACGGACGAAAGUGGCAACGAAAGGGAUUGUGUGUUUAUAAUUAGAAAUGCGUCACUUAUGGGAGCUUCACCCAAAAUCAAAAAGUCUCCGGGCAGUACGAGUGCCACCAACAGUCCCCGGGCCGUCAUCGGUGGCAACGCUAAAGAUGGCGAAAAAUCUUGUACUCACGUGAAAUGGAAUCCUCCAUUGCUGGGACCACUGCCGCCCACCUUCUUGCGAUUGCAUGGGUGUGGCGAGGGAUCCCGGAACACGGAGUUUGACCUCGGCGAUGAACAGUUUGCGAUAAUGCUGCAGAAUGAGGAGUUCAUGCAAGAGCUGAGAUGGAACCAGGAGUUCCUGUCGGCGCUGGAGAAGGACCACCAGGGCAAGGUUUCGGACGAUGCCGCCUUCAAGGAACGACUGCGCAACAUGGGUAAGAUUUCCCGGAAAAAGUUUGCCCAACUGGCGAGGGUGUUCACUUGGCAGCGGGGUGGCACCAAGAAGGCCAGUGCCGUCAGACACCCGGAUUCGUUGCUACUGCAGGAAGAACACAGCGACGAUGAUGAACCGAAAAAGGCCGCCAAAAAGUAAGUCCGCUUUUUCCGAAUUCGCUAAAUGAGUCACACCCACUUUAUAUAAAACGAGCAGAAUCUCCGCUGGGCAGCGAGAAGUAAGGGGGCGUGGUCUGAGAAGAACUCAGUCAGACGCUACGUUGUAAAAGGUACUAAAAUGUUAAACUAUCCAGGAGUGAGCGUACGAAGGUGCAAAAUUGAUUCCAGAAUUUUACCUUGCUUUUAAGAGAACGGGAUUGGGAUGAGGGUGGAUAAGACUGUUAUAUUUUUUCUAGGAAAGGUUGGGGGAGAACUUUUCCGAUACCUAAAUACUAUUACUGAGGCGAUGGUGAAACCUAUGAGAGGGUAACGGGGUAUGACGAAUGUUUGGCGAGUCAUAUCAGUGCAUAGCGAGCAAAAAUUGUACGAUUGGCCCUUUUGUUCCAGAACCCAGGAAUCGCACGUGCAAUCACUACUUUUGUUAUUUAUUUGUAAAUAGGAACAGAUCGUUUAUUUGACGUUUAUUUACAUUUGAUUUAAUGAUUUAUUAGUUGGGUAGUUUAGGGAAAUAGUUGCAUUUAAAGUUACAUUUACAUUUAAUAUGAAUUUCUUAUUUGAUUGAGUGAAAAUGAUUUCGAAAUUAUUAUGUUUUUCUUAGCUUAUGUGCAACUUUGAUCAGACCGAUUCAAAUGAGUUUUUUUUUUUCAAUUUCUCAUCGUAAAAGGCUGUUCAUCUUCACGCCAGUCUGUCAUGAAAUCGAACUAAAAUGCGUGAUCGUGCUUACCAUAAAAAAAGUUUCCUAAGUUUUGUGGUAAAAUACGCAAAUUUAAAGCGAAGCUUCGAACUGCAAGGCUGGUAGCAGAUCUCUUUUUAGAGACUUGGCCACUAUUUUAAUGUAAGUUUGUAAAUAAUCUCUAUUUUAAAUGUGAGGUCUUAAUUUUUUGUUAUUUAACCAAAAGGUAUCUAAAAUUCUCUGGGGAAAUCAUGUAUUUUUUAUGCAAUUAGCAAUUUUUUCAGUAAUACGGACAGUAAUCCUUGUCGUAAUGUCACGAGUAACAUUUUUUUUAUAUCUUAUACUAUCUUUGAAAAAAAAAUCUGGUCGGAUCUCUAACAAUCCUCCCGAUUUCUGUUUAGUUUCUUGCUUCCUGACAUGAGGUUUAUAAAGUUCCUACUUUUAAGAAACUCAGUCGCUAGCAACCUUGAAUCUAUCUAAGCUCAGCAUGGUCCAGAAUAUCUGCGUUUUGAAAUUUUAAUAAUUUUGCCUGGGCUGUCAUAAAAUGAUUGUCAGUAUGCUUAUACAAUACUUAACUGAGAAGCAUCAUCUGUCCUAGAGAAACUGAAUGCCAAGAAAAAGCAGAUUUGUAUCGGUCUCGUCAAAUUGUAUAAUUUGGAAAAAAAAAAUUGUUUUUUAGACAAAAAAAAAUAUGGAAAAUAAAAAAGAAUAUCAGAAGUCAAUCAACUGAGCGAACAGAUCUAAGUACUAGUCACCCAGACUCGACCGAACAGAAAGUGUCGCUUGAAAUGGAAACAUACAAAACACAAACAUACAUACACACUAUUAAUCUAACUAUAAAUACUACUGCGAGAAAUGAGCCUAAAUAUUGAAGAAGUACACAGCAGACGGAAGCGGCAGAACAACCAUAUAAUUAUAGUAACGUAGUCUAAUCUGAUAGUGCAAAACAGCAGAAUCGUAUGCUUCGACCUUUGAUUGCCAUUCUGGUAACACUCUGAUUGUGCGAUACUUAUUACGAUUAUCCGUAGCUUACCGAACCACGGCAAACAUUUUUCCCCAAUUUAUUAGCGCUAAGUCCAAGUCUGUUGAGGCAAAAGAAAAACUGUUGUAAAAACAAAGAAAAAAAACUUUAACAUAUUAAACGAUUGUUUACUACUUUUAGGAUGAUCUGAUAAAUUCGAAAAUUAUGAAAAAUGGUAUACAAGGAAUCUCUUGAAACGAAAAACGCGAGGUAACAGGUUUGAGGAUUAUUUGAAGUAGCAUGUUAAUUAUGCGUUUUGGUAGGUUAAUAAGUUAGAAAAAAAAACUGUUUCCAAUUAUAAGGGGUUGGUACUCAUGAAAGUCAUAGAAGAAAUGGUAUUUUUAUUGCUUCUUAUUUCUGAAACUAAAAUUUAUUUCAUUUAGAAACAUCUCUGACUUACAACUUACUGUCUGUAAGUCGCAAACGAUAAUAAGACAAGAUAAGCAUAAUACAUAAUACAUCAUACAAUCAGAAGAUUUCGUGGAUGUAUUUGAAAAUAAAAACAUAUAAUAAUAAUUUGAUUCCAAGAAUAUGUAUACCAUUCUAUUUUUUCAAUGAAAUUCGAUGAUUAAAACUGUGAAGCUCCAACUCAUUGCUUUUACAACUUUGGAGUACUACCCCAUUAGCGAAACAAAUGCCAUAUUUAUAUGCAAUAACUAGAAAUGAUGAGUUUAUUCAAUUAUUAAGUUGUAUAUUACUGCA